GCCCCUAACAACGGUUACGCCGAAACGGAGACAAACAAAUCAAAACUAGCUCCACACGCCAGGUAGCCAGCAAAUUUCAGUUCUAAGUUCGUUUAAGGUGGUUGAGAAAGUUAACAAAGUUGAGUUUUUUUCCCUGAACUCGUAACUUUUAUGGACAAUUCGGGUUUAGUACAUUAAAAAUACCAUGAAAAACGUGUUCGUGUUUAGCCUACUGUUACUAAUAACCGAAAUCAAAGCGAAAUAUGUAGAAGGACACCUGAAAACCUCAGCUGACUGGGCAUUUCUUGCCAGAUUUUGCUUUUUAUCAAAUCAUGGAAAGUAUCAGUACGAAAUAGAGUACGAAAAGCGCUUUGGAGAGUUGAAACUAUUGCUCUACUACGAUGACAAGAAGCAAUGGCCUGCUGUAUACAAAACCGAUAAGACUUGUACGGAAAAACUGUCCGUCCUGAACGUGCUCGAUAAUCAAAUUGUGCCUCUAGUUCCGCGAAGCCAUUACUCCGGAUGCAAAUUGGUAACCCAAAAUAGCAAGGACACUGGUGGUUUUUCCAGGCGACCUUCUUCAUCAUCAUCAUCAUCAUCAUCGCCAUCAUCGGAUGUGCCACUUGGACAGAGUCCACCCGGAGAAGACGAUCCACUUUCGUACGAUCAUUUCCUCAAAACAAGCACAACCGAUUCGAGCGUCUCCAUCGAUGAUGUUGAUUUCAACAUGACAGAAAUCGAUUUUUCCACCAUGGAGACCAGCAAUGGGUCGGAAUCAAAUGGUGGCGGCCAAUCAGAUGGCGCGAUGUUGGUAGCGCUCAAUGUGCCUUACAACAAUUUGGAAAACACCACCGACUAUCGGGUGUUUGUGGAAGAACUUUUCCCGGAAAGUGACAACGCGACCAGAGUUCGACGAUCAGCCAAGUAUGAUAGCAAAUUGAUUGUGAGCUGCUCUAAUUUCGGUAGAUUUACUAGUUCGAGACAAAGGUGGUGGUACAUCGCCAUUUCUAACUGUGGCAGUAGCAAAGGUUUGGAUGUGUUCUAUCGUUUCAAGAUGACCAACGGUGAGCCGGCGGACUUUUGGUCCGAGCAUUUUUCCGCUGAUGAAAUGUAUAUCUUGCCGAUGUUGAUGGUUGAAUCGAUAGCCUACACAUUGCUGUUGCUGUCGGUGUUCCUGUGCGCUAUCGAGCUUAAAUCACGGCAUCUCUACCACUGCACCUACCGUUUGUUUGCUCUGAGCGUGCUGUUGCAAUGGUUUGGAGUUUUGCUGCUUAGCGUUACAUGGUCGAAGUACGCCGUUUCCGGAAUUGGACCGUUUCCCAGCUUUGGCGGAUUCUUCACAAGUGCUAGUGAGAUCACUUUUCUGCUGCUGUUGUUGUUGAUGGCAAAAGGAUACACGAUCACCAGGGCACGGUUGAAAACUUGUGCCACUGUUAAGAUAACGGUUUUCACCAACAUUUACGCGAUUGUAUACGUUUCGUUGUACAUCUAUCAACUGGAAGCCUUCGAUCCGGGAGAAGUUCUGAAUCUGUACGAAUCACCAGCCGGAUUUGGACUCGCCGGACUCCGAUGCAUUGGAUGGGGAUUUUUCAUUUAUUCGAGCGCAGCUACGAUCAAAAAGUUUACUGAAAAAGCUCCCUUCUUUUACCCUUUCUCACUGUUUGGAUCUAUAUGGAUCAUGAGUGGACCGAUUCUAACUGUAGUCGGCGUCAACGUGCUGGACCCUUGGGUAAGGGAAAGUGUCAUGCACGGUGCCUUGGCCUUGGUAGCUUUUUGUGGCCAUUCUGCUUUCUUAUGGCUAACGUGGCCGUCGAGGGCGAACAAAAGUUUCCCGUAUCACGUGAGGACAAACCACGUGGGUAUUUCUACCGUGGACGAUGAGGUCAAUUAUCCACGACAUACGUAUGAACCGGCUCCACCGGAAACGGGAAUGAUCAUCCCUCUAGCAAGCAACACGGCCACUCUCAACGGAAUCUACGAUCAAUACCUACGGGAAAGGGACAUCUAUCAUAGUGCAUCGACUCCGAUUAGCUACGUAUCGUUUCCGGCAGCUGGAAAACCGUUGAAUUCGCAUCCUCACAACAACAUUCAAACACAGCCAUACUUUCGUGGGGGACAACCGAUGCCUAUAACCGAAGAAAAUCAACAGACCGGUUACACCGGAAGUGCUCCUCAAAGCCUAGCCAUCAACAACGAUGGCAAUAACAACUAUGGGAACGACACACUGGUAGAUUCAGGCCAUCCUUCAUUAGACAUAUCGAUCUCGACUAGCCCUCCCAAGUUCGAAGGGAGUAUUCUGCAGCAGAACAGUACCGAUUCGAAUGAGAAUCGACCCGGUUCUGGUCGCAGUGUUGCCGGACCUUUGAGUCCGGACGAAGAAAUUGCCAGUGAAAUCGCUGUCGACAAACCACAACCAACCGAAGAGCCUAAGCCGUUCAAUCCGUUCAUUGUGGGAGCAGCAGCAGCAGCGGAAGAAAAACGUCGGCUACCGAACAAAAUCAUCCUGCCAAGUUUGGAGGGGCAUGGAGUAAAUGCAUCCGGCACUGGUAGCGCCUCAUCGACAGUUCCGCGCCAUCUUUUCGCCGCAAAACGCGAAGAAAGAAGCAGUUAGAAGUGUGAAGUUUUCAGAAUUUGGUUUAUUUCCUAUUGAAUUGCGUCACUUAUAUUUGUAUGUAUGAAAAAUGAAUAAUAAAAAGCACAAAAGAACA